UUCAUAUAAUUCAUAAAUAUUAAUAAAAUGGAGCCAAAAUCUCUAGAUGUUGAAGAAUCUGUAAAUAAAACGAUAAUUGAAGGAAAAGCUGAAAUUUUAGUUUCAGAAAAAAAAGUAUUUUAUAAUCCUGUUCAGGAAUUCAAUAGAGAUUUGAGUGUAGCUGUAUUAAGUUUAUUUGCAAAAGAAAAACAUGAUGAAUCGUUGCUAAUAAAAGAAAAGUCUUCGAAUAAUGCAAAUAAAAAUGAAAAGCAGAAUGAAUCUGAGAAUAAAAAUGGGAUUUCUGUAUUGGAAGCUCUUUCAGCAACAGGAUUACGAAGUAUACGUUAUGCUAAAGAAGUACCUCAUAUAAAGAAGAUUAUUGCUAAUGACAUAUCAGAAAAAGCUGCUGAUAGUAUAAAGAAAAAUAUUACAUUCAAUAAAGUUGAACACUUGGUUACAGCUAGUCAUAAUGAUGCUACGAUUUUAAUGUAUCAAUCACGACGAGAUCGUUUUGAUGCAAUUGAUUUAGAUCCAUACGGAUGCCCGUCAAUAUUUUUAGAUGGAGCUGUUCAAUCUGUCAGUAAUGGUGGUCUAUUAUUGGUGACAGCUACAGAUAUGGCUGUACUUGCUGGAAAUUCACCUGAGACAUGCUAUGUUAAAUAUGGAGCUGUAUCAAUCAAGUCUAAAGCUUGUCACGAAUUGGCUCUCCGAAUAUUACUGCAACAUAUCGCUGCUCAUGCUGGACGAUAUGGACGUUAUAUUGAGCCAUUACUUUCAAUAAGCGUUGAUUUUUACAUUAGGGUAUUCGUGCGUAUCCGGACUGGACAAAUUCAAUGUAAAGAUAAUACUAGUAAAUUGGGAAUGGUAUAUCAAUGUACUGGUUGUGAAAGCAUGGCAAUUCAGCCAUUAGGUACAAAGAUAAAUAGAUCAUACAAAAUGCCCGCAUCUCCUGCAGUCGACCAGUUAUGCAAAUUUUGCAAACAUAAACAUCAUAUGGGCGGACCAAUAUGGAUAGGACUAUUGCAUGAUCAAUCUUUUGUAUCAAGACUUGUUGAUACUUUAGAUAAUAUAGAAUUAGGCACGAUAAAACGAAUCAAGGGAGUACUUAGUGUAGUUCAAGAAGAAUUAGAUAUUCCUCUAUACUAUGUUCUAGAUCGUUUGAUGUCUAUUGUCAAAUGUGACACACCAGCCAUGGUAAGAUUCCGAUCAGCUCUAUUACAUGCAGGAUAUAAUGUAUCGUUAUCACACGCAAACAAACUCUCAAUUAAGACUGAUGCUCCCACAGAAGUGAUAUGGGAUGUUGUGCGUGCUUGGGAAAAGAUGCAUCCAGCAAAACGUGAUCGUCUUACAGAAAAUAGUCCUGCUCUUGCUAUUUUGUCAGCUAAAUCUUCAACAGAAAUUACAUUUGAUGGACAUCCUUUGGCUAAUCCGAAGUCAAGGAAAUUGCACCUGACAAGAUUUCAAGUUAAUCCUGCACCUAAUUGGGGUCCUGGGACACGUUCUACGACCAUGAUAAAUUCAAAUGAAGCGAUUUCUAAGAAGAUUAAAAAUCAAAAUAAAAAACGUCACCAUAAAAGCAGAUCAGAUAAUAAUAGUGAAAAGACUAAUGAAGAAAAAAAUGAUGAAAGUAUUGAAAGUAAAUCAAGUGAUGCAGAUGAAACUCCAGCAAAACAAUCGAAAAUUCUUCCAUGAUGAUGUAAGUAUAAGAAAUGUCGUCAAGA